CCUCUGCCUGUGGGCGGGGCCAAAGCCGGGGGCGGGGCCAUCUCCGCGCUUAGCCGCGACCAGCGCGCCGCCAUGGGCCGCGGACCCCGGGCCUGGGCCCGAUCUUCGGGCCUCUCCCUGCCGCUGCUCUGCCUGUGGGCGGCCUGCGGCUCCGCCACCUCCCCGCCCGUCCUGGUGUCCCCGGUGCCCGGCUGCCCGUGCCGCGACCCCGGCCUCUGCCGGCCGUUAUCCGGGCAGAACCAGCUGGAGGUUUUUGCCUUUGACGUUGGAGGGCAGGAUUGGAAACAUUAUGACUGGUCCAAACUGACAACCAUCGCAACCUUUGGAGCGUACGACCCUCAGCUUUUGUGUCAUGCUCACGCAAAUGAAGUUCGAGUUGUUCUGAAAGGUGCUGUACCAAUAAGGGAUAUUAUAGACCAAAUUAACAGGACAGCUUGGGUUCUUAGUAAAGUGCGGUUGGCAAAAAGCCAGUUUAUGGAUGGAAUCAAUUUGGAUCUGGAGGAAGCUGUUGCAUAUCAAUCUGCGGAAUACUUUGCGUUAACUCAACUUGUGAAAGAAACCACAGAAAUAUUCCACCGGGAAAUACCAGGUUCCCAGGUAACAUUUGAUGUGGCUUGGUCUCCAGAUUGCAUAGAUGGAAGAUGCUAUGAUUAUGUGGAAAUUGCAAACUCCUGUGACUUUUUAUUUGUAAUGUCCUAUGAUAUGCAGAGUCAGAUAUGGGAUGAUUGUGUUGCAAAGGCUAAUGCCCCCUAUUACCAGACGUUAUCAGGUGUCCAAGCUUAUAUGAAGCUGGAUAUUGACCCUAGCAAGCUUGUGUUGGGCGUUCCAUGGUAUGGCUAUGAUUAUCCUUGCACUCAUUUGUUUGAGGCUGGUAGAUGUGCAUUGAAAAGUGUUCCUUUCAGAGGCGCCCCCUGCAGUGAUGUAGCUGGAACACAGAUCCCAUACAAAAAGAUAAUGCAGCAAGUCAACAAAUCAAUUACAGGCCGAUUUUGGGAUGAUUAUCAGAAAGCCCCAUAUUACAUCUACAUGGUUAAUAAAACGUACCAUGAGGUCUGGUAUGAUGAUCCACAGAGCAUUUCGUUGAAGGCAUUGAUCGUGAAGAAAUUUAAUCUCCGUGGUGUAGGCAUGUGGAAUGCAAAUCUCCUGGACUACAGUAAAAAUGCCACAGCUGAAAAGCAGACUGAAGAAAUGUGGACUGCUCUGUAUCCUUUAUGAAGAAAGUGCUAAGCUGGAUCCAUCUCAUCAUCACAAAAUGGGAUCACAAUGGAGCUACCUUCCAACAUUAAAAAUCAUUCGGACAUUUUAUCUAACCAACAAACUUCCAUUCAAGUGCUAAUGCAGUUUACAAUAAAGAUUUAAUAACUUAAAUCACUUAGAGAUGUGCCAAAUCUGUAUUAAUGAGUAUAACGUUUAAUAGUGCAAUCUUUACGCCUUGCCACUAAUUUAUAAAACAAUUCUGCUCUUAGAUGGGAGAUAUCAGUUCUGACAUGCACAUGCAUCCUGUCUUCUAUGCAUAUUUUAAUUCUUGCUGUUAUUGUUUUAAGAUUUUGCUUUAAAUUAUCACUUUGUAUUCCAGAUAAUUAGGGUAAGUUUUUUUCAUUUUUUUUUCCACUGCCAAACAGCAGCCUGAACUGUUACAGUUAAGUACUUUCAAAGCCCUGUGUAAUGAUUUUUUUUCUAUACCUCUUGAUUAUCUACUCUUGAAAGGCAACUUAAUACAAGUUUUAUUUUACAAAAUAAAAGUGUUUCCAAAAUA